CCCCUUAUUUCGUUUUUGCCGAAUCAGUACCAGUUCUUCGCAACCAACCUCAAACGGUGCGCCGUCAAUUUCUGUGUGCAGUACCUGUCUGACACGUAAAGUGGAAGCGGUCGAACUUUAGGAACCCGCCAUUACUAACUUCAACGAUGGCAGUCUCCAAAAUGAUGGUUGUCUUGCUGGCCUUCUUACUGCAUUUGGCUUCCCACGCCGAUGCUCAACCAGCUUAUCACGGGAAACUGGUAGGGUCACUUAGUUCUUACGCUCACAGUGUUCAGGGGACGGUUUAUGCAGAGGACGAUAGGACUUUGAGAAUCAUUGGAUUCUCAUACGACGGGACUGCACCAGAUGCGUUCCUAUAUGGAGGAGAGACGGGCUCACCAUCCGGCGAUGGCUUCAUCAUUCCAAAAGAGGAUGGAACCGAGGAAAAACUGGGCUCUUACUCCAACGUCGAUAUCACGGUAACUCUACCGUCGUCGAAAACUGUCUCAAACCUCGCCUGGAUCUCGGUCUGGUGUCGACAAUUCGGGGUCGACUUUGGGCAUGUUUCAUUUCCAUCGGCUUUUGUCCCACCUUCCCCUUACGACCUUGGAGCUCUUGGAUUCUCCCCACGCGUCCAUGGAACAUCGGCCACCGCUGUGGUGGUACUCGACCCCAAGAAAAUAAGAUUUGAAAACUUGAACUACGAUGGACUCGGUCCGGACGCUUACUUCUGGGUGGGGCCAGGUGACACACCAAACAAUGAUGGGGAUUACAAAAUACCAGAUGAAACGGGAAGUUUACAGAUAAUCAAAAGUUACUCUGGAGUAAACGUCACCGUGACUCUCCUUGACAAUAUCACUGUAGCCGACAUUGGCCAUAUCGGACUGUGGUGCGUCCUAUUCACAGAGGACUUCGGCCAUGUCGACAUUCCUGGGCUCAAUGUUCUCAACAUUCCACCCUUGCCGCUGCCGACACUUACUACAACGACAUCGAGUAUGACGACGACAGCCAGAACGACUCCCUCGAUGGAGUUCUGCAAUUGCGAAACGCUGUUCGUGGGUGAGCUUCAAGUCUGUUGGUAUAUUGACGGAACCGACAUCGUUAUCCGUCACAGUACACCCAGCGAAGCCGGGAAGUACACCGCAUUCGGCGUGAGUGGAUCUCCCACGAGCACGCUGAUGCCGGGUGGCGACGUCGUGGUCACCUUCGUCGACGACAACGGAGUCGCACAGGCCGUUGAUUACCACCUCGGCUCCAGGGCUCAAUGCUCACCUCAAAAUGGCGGUGGAGCGUGCCCCGACGUCAUCUCAUCGAAUUCGGCCAACAAUGACGUCACGCUAGUCGAAUCAUCGAUUGAUAAUGGAAUGACCCAUAUAGUUUAUCGAAGACCAUUGGCAGCUACUGAUGCGACUUACGACAAAGCAAUCUCAACAACCGGACCUACGUACAUGAUCUGGGCUCAAGGGUUAAUCAAUGCUGAUGGCCGUGUCGCCUAUCACUCACAGCGCUCUCCAGGUAACUCGAACCCCCAGAUCGACUUUAAUCAGGUAAGCUCGACGUGUGCUCCUGUAAGUGAGACAACGACUGCACCUAGCAACCCCUCAGACACCACGACCACACCUAGCAACCCCUCCGAGACCACACCUUCGGAGGAGGAGGGCUGGACCAUUGAGGGCAUCAUGGAGACAGAAGAUGCAACGUUCACGGUGGAGAUGGGAUUGACAGGAGGUCAGCAAGGGUACAACUACAUCACCGGAUCCGUUGGCUGGGGCAUUGCUUGGUUUAUCAACGGCCAGCUUAUUCCUGUUCUCACUCUCAGUCGCGGUAAGACCUACACUUUCUUAGUGAGCGGAGGAGAUGAACCGUCAGUGAACGCUAACUAUCAUCCAUUCUACAUCACCGAUGACUCUGCUGGAGGAUACGCCCAACUCUCGCAAGAUGAACAGCAGAAUAUCACAAUCUACGCGGGGCCGGAAGAGGGCCCACUUUGUCAAUGGGAAAGCACUGAUGAGACUGGAAGCCCCGAUGACUACACAUCAUUCGAAGACUACAAGAACACCUUGACUGUUGUUUGCCAGUCCGGUGAGCCUGGCGUACUAGUGUGGACCGUACCGAUGGACGCCCCUGAUCUCUUGUACUAUCACUGCUACACCCAUCGCUUCCUCGGCUGGAAAAUCCAUGUGGUUGAUGGUGAAGAGGGUCCCGGUAACCCUGGUGGACGUGUGCCAUCGAUCGCAAAGUCGCCGCCCGUUGUUGCUGCAGCGUCACUUUUCGCUUCUCUCUCACAGUACCUAGCAGGACUUGGCAUGUGGCUUCGCCAAAGAGCAUGAUUUAGCAGUUUGAUGACCCUAAGUAAGAUCUAACAGUUCUUCUAGAUACAUACGCGCCUUUCGAGAGAGAGAGAGAGAGUUUUUAUUAGAAUUUUUAUUAGAAUAGAGUGACAUAACCAUUAAUUCUCAUGGAUUUCAUUUCAUCUUUUUUCUAACUACCCUCUCCCCCUCCCCAAACAAAUAUUGUCCAAGGCAUUUUCUUUGUCCCGGGUCUGUUCCACUGGAAAUCUUAGUGCCGUCUUAGAAAUAAACUAUACCAAUAUGUUUAUAAUGAAACUAUUCCAGGUCAUUCCAAAGAGAGUUAUAUUUCGAUUUCCACAUUUCUUUGCUUCCUACAAUUUUCCAUGAUGAUAAAUUUCCCUUUUGAAUAAUUAAGCAGCGCUAGAUGCUCAAAGAGAAAAUUAAUCAACAUUUUAGAUUAAUAGGUACGCCCAUUUAAAAGUUAUGGUCAUUUUGCUAAGGAA